AGUUCCAGCUAUUUAGUCAUUUCUACGCUGAAUUUUAACUAUUUUCCAAACUCAACACCUAAAUUUAAUACUUAACAAUCUCCUCGCUUCAAAAUUUUAAGCGAAGGUCUUAUUUUCGUAUUUUUUUGGACAGAAAUCAUUACAAGACUGAAGUUUGCUGAAACAAUUUCAAAAUGUCGAUAUUGUUCUUCAACAUAUUGUACUUCUUUCUCGUUUGCUCUCUCCUUGAAGGAGCUCAUUCGUCUAUAAAAACAUUUAAUGGUAUCAGUGGAAGGUUCUCCUCGGAGAAAGAAAGCAAUGGUUUUUAUCCGAAUAAUUUUUCAAUGGAAUACAGAAUACAAGUUCCCAGUGGAAGAAGAGCAAUGCUAUCGUUCAAAAAUUUUAGUAUUUUGGGUUCCAUGCCGAAUUGUUCUGAAGAUUAUGUGGAAAUAUCUUUAGGGUGUCAAAAUAUAAGAUCCAUUGGAAAGUACUGCUCUUGUGGCCUCAUCACUCCAUUACCUUUUGAUUUCUACUCCAUUGAUGAGUGUAUGACUCUAACCUUCAAAUCUGAUGUUAAAUAUGCCGCUCAAGGGUUUGUUGCUGAAUACUCAUCAGAUCUCAAAAACCAGCCAGUCAGUAACAAGGAUACUUGCACAGCGAUAAGUAACCAACACAACAGUAGUGUAUCCAAUAUUUUUACUCCUCUGUGGCCUAAUAACUACCCAACCAAGACCAGUUGUUCAUGGAAUUUUGAAAAUCCUGUCAACUAUAGCAUCAUCAUUCAAUUCAUGGACUUUGAGAUUGAGAGGACAGUUUUUUGUGAUCCAAAUGAAGAAAAAGAUGAUAGGGUUAUGAUCAAAGCAUCCAGAAAGUUUGUUUCCGGUCCUUUUGAAAUCGUCAAUAAAAGGAUUUGUUCUCUAAUGAACGAUGUGGAUAAGAGAAAAAUAUUCAGAGUAAUUGUUCCUGAUAUCUACAGAAAAAUUGCUGUCAAUUUCAUUAAUGAUGCGGACAGCCACACAGCGACUGGGUUCACUGCUGGGAUGAUAUCAUACAAGUCAGAUCCACCUGAUACACAAAGUUGUCGGGUCCGCCUCGUUCCACCUAGACCACCUACUCCAUCCAUGUCACCAAACAUGCUGCUAUCAUCAGCAAACCUUCUGCUCUUUGCUACUUUCUAUUUUGCUUUCUGUUUUACUUUAAAGCCUUGUACAUGUGUUUUUGAGUAAAUUAUUUGUCCUGCUA